GGGAUAUGUUUUUUUUCAACUCCCUGUAAAAUCCCCGAUAGAGUUUGGCAAUCUUUUGCAGAAAAGACCCUGGAACCACAGUGGAAAGGACCAUUCCAGGUGCUGCUCACUACCUUUACUGCAAUCAGGAUCAAAGAACAGAAGGCCUGGAUCCAUCACUCUAGAAUGAAAAAAGCCCCUGAUGGAGUCUGGAAAGUGACACCAGGUGACAAUGAACUGAAGCUGAGGCUCACCUGGAACAGCAAGUAAAUGGACUUAUAAAAAUUAUGGACAUAAUGGAAAAGGUUAUGACCAUUAUAGCCAUUGCCAUACUUGUGACAGAAGCCAACACAACACCCCACCGGUACAAUAUAACUGGAACGUACCGGUGCCAAGGGAAGGCCUACGAUCCCCACCCUCCUAAGGCUCUAAAUGAAAUUCUAGAAGUCACAAAUGCACGUUUAUGGCAAGGGAGAAAUAUUUGAGGAUGUAACUAUGCAUUUGUGCAAGAUGGGUUUCAUGAGGCUUACCAUCCAACCAUGAAAUUCAUUAGGAUUAGCCCUGAAUGCUGUGACAAAUGUGUGAGUAAGUGUCCUCAGUUUAGACUGAAACUGGAAGGGUGCGCAAUAAGAGGGUAUGAUAUUGAUUUUAACAUCACUCAAGUGUGUACUGAAUAUCAUGAGAACAAGACCAGGACCAUCCCACCAACACAAAAGAAAGGUGUUACUACCAAAAGGCCAAUUAUUCCAGAGGUAGAAGAGCAGCCUAUAGUUCCUACAAUUACUAAAAUUGGGCUGUAUGCUAUUAAGAAAAUGGGAGUUCAGAGACUGCUGGCUAAUCCCGAAUGGUCUCUGAAGAGAGUAGAAAUGGGGAUACAAGUGAAUGCUUCAGACAUCUGACCAGAGUGUGCCCCAUUUCUUAGAAAUCCUUUCAUGGACUAGACCACUUGGCUGCAAAAACGAAUGCCAUCUAACCUUAGGAAUAAGAGAGAUCUCACUUGGCUGCUAGGAACUGGAUUGGGGGUGUUAAAUACCAUAGAUUCAGAAGUGCUGAUGAAUAAAUUAACCACAAUAGGGAGUGACUUAGUUAAAUUACAGCAACCUUUACAGUCCUCUCUACUGGCACUAGGUGACAACCAUUGGAAAUUAUCCAAAGUAUUACCAGAGUGGGAGAACACUGAAGAGCAGGACCAUGAAGUAAUAAUUAAUGCCUUAGGCACAGCCAGUGAAAACAUUUCACUAGCUCUUGGGUGCACUCAAGCACAGCUAUGGAUGCAGUCAGUAGCUGCUGCAGUCAUCAGAGAGGGUGGAGAGGGAAUAUUCCCUGCUGAACUCCGCAAAAUUGUUUGGGAUAGUGCAUCCGAUAUGGAAAGGGAACUGCAAGCUUGGUGGAUGUUGGUCAACUUCACUUACAACUCUAUGACUAAUAAAGUAACAGCCUUUGUUCUAACAAUACAUAAUGCAUCAGUGAGCUUAAUUCACCCAAUAGUUCCCCUGGGGUUAAACCAUGAGGGGACUGUGUUAUAUCCUUCUGGGCAUAGAACACGGGCACGAGAAAUUAAGGGAAAGUGGCAAACCAUCAACUUAGAGCCCUGUUCUACGAGGAAGCAACUAGGGUACAUAUGUGAGGGGACAUUAGAAAGUGAUAAAGACACAUGUCUGGACACAGACCAAAGCAUUUGCCACUUUGAAACACAUUCAGGCAAUCAGACAACUUUGCUUCUGUAUAUAGGACAAGGUUGUGUCUGUCUCAGGACAGCAUGCCCCACCACAGUGAUGGACAACCUAAGCAUGAAUGAGACCCAGUUUAAUUUAUGUGUCUGUAACUUUGUCAAAAUUGAGGGAUGUGAUUUUUCCUAUCAGGCACCUGUAGUAUCACACCAGUAUAUAAACAAAUUAAGUUACUGUGCAAAAAAUAGUGCCUGUGCCCAUAGGAAUGAAUUUGACUCUGGUGGCUCAGUUGUUGAAACAUCAAGAACUGAGAGAAAUUUUGAGAGAAACUAGAGAUGUGGGGAAAAAGACUUUAAUCACUAUACACCAUGACACUGAAACUAUCAAAGGAGUUUUUAAACUAUUUGAAGAACACUUGUCUCAUCAUUGAUGGGAUGUGCUUUUUGGAUAGUCGCCGACAGCAACUGGCAUACUUAAUACUUUAAUUCAUCCUAUUUUUGUGUUGCUUAUUUUAGUUAGUAUAAGCUUGAUUUUAUCUAUUGUAAUACUUGUUUGGAAUUGGAAGAUGAUAUGAUGGAUGACAGCCCUAACUUCGCUAUCAAAAGCAUAUGGUUUAGUCCAGAGAGACACUAGACACAUGUCCUAGGCAGACGAAGAACAGUCUGCAUAUUGAGUAAAAGAAUUUACUCAUUCUAAAGAAGAAGUGGGGAAUGAAGCAUAAACUUUAAAAAUUUAGAGAUUUUAGAGAAGCUAAAAUUUUAGUUAAAGAUAAGCUUUGUUGAAGCUAAUUAAAUAGGUAGGUCUUAAUGAAGUUAAGAGUUAGUAGUUAACUAAUAAUUAAUUGCUUGUCAACAUAAUGUUUGGUCAGCUGGGUUUAUAAUGAAGAAUAUAGAAACUGACAAAUAGCUUUGAGGAACAUAAGACAAUUGUGGGCCUCCUCUGCUCUGAAACCAAUUGAAGAUAAGGAAUGGGAGUUCUUCCAAGGGUUCAUUUGUCAUAUUUGCAAUGAAAAGGUAGAAAGGUCAGAAUGAGGAAGACUACAUUUACUUCUUAAUUUUGGGACCCCUCCCCAUGUAAGCGACCACUGACCCAUUUCAAGGAACACACUACGCAUGCUUAAUAGCUUUUGAACUAAUUACCAUAUGAAGCGGGGGAAUGGGAUGUACCAAAAUCAUGAAUAUGUAUUUGUAUUUUGGGUAUUCAAUACUUGCAUAGAUAAAAGAGCUUUGUAAUCACCUGUAAA